UCACAGCAAUUUAUGGAUCAAAACCCUCCCCCUUUUGUAGUUUCUCUCUCUCAAAUCCCAAACCCUCUUUCUCUCUCUACAUAGCCUCAACUUGGUGGCGGCUGACACUCUCUCACACCUGUUGUCUCUAGGGUUUUACAAAGUCCUCUUUUUUGGAGAUCUAUCUUUGCUAUGGCGACCGUUGCACCUCCUGCUGAUCAAGCUGCAGAUUUGCUGCAGAAGUUGUCAUUAGAUUCUCAGAAGAAGACUCUUGAAAUUCGAGAGCCAAAAAAGAAGCCUUCUGUGGACUCGAAAGACAUUGGGAAUGAUCAGAUCCAAUCAAUGGAUCGGUCUGUGACCCCUCUGUUACCCGAUUUCAUGGAUCCAACUUUGUGCUAUGUUCCUAAUGGUUAUCCCUCUACAGCAUACUAUUAUGGAUAUGAUGGUUCUGGUAAUGAAUGGGAGGACUAUUCAAGAUUUGUGAAUCCUGAUGGAGUUGAGAUGCCUGGAGCUUAUGGGGACAACGGGUCACUUAUGUAUCACCAUGGCUAUGGUUAUGCAGCCUAUAAUCCAUACUCGCCUGCUACUUCCCCUGUCCCGACUGUGGGGCAUGAUGGCCAGCUUUAUGGAGCACAACACUACCAUUAUCCAUAUUUCCAGCCCCUUCCUCCAACUAGUACUCCAUAUGGUACUGCGGUUUCUCCACCAAAAGGUGAGAUCACCACCUCUGCAGCUGCUGACCAAGCACCAUUGUCUGUGGAUUCUGCUAAUGGAAAUUCUAAUAGCAUUGCAAAUGGUGUAAAGGGAAAUACUGGUCCUACGUCUGCGAGGCCUGCAUUCCAGAACUCAUCCUUGAAUACUAAUGGUUCUUUUGGACGGGGUGCCUUUCCUGGAGGAGUUGCUUCUGGUUAUCAGGAUCCUAGAUUUGGUUUUGAUGGUGUACGAUCUCCCAUUCCGUGGCUAGAUGGGUCAAUGUUCACUGAUGGGCAAGCUAGGCCAGUAGUGGGUAAUUCUAUUACACCAUCAUUUUCAAAUGGCGGUGCUGUUCCAUCAUCAAAAAAUCAGAAUGUUCAUCCGAAUAUAAUGGGCUUGCAGCAUCCUAGGCCCUCGUCUGGCUUCAAUACAACUAAUGGAUAUUUGAAUAGAUUGUAUCCCAACAAAUAUUAUGGGCAGUAUGGGAAUACAUUCAGUUCUGGCAUGGGCUUUGGGUCUAACCGGUAUGAUUCUCGCAUUACGGGUCGUGGGUGGAUGGCAGUUGAUAACAGAUUUAAACCAAGGGGUAGAGGAAAUAGUUUCUCUGGCUACGGCAAUGAAAACAUGGAUGGAUUAAAUGAGCUCAACAGGGGACCAAGAGGUAAAGGAUCCAAGAACCAGAAGGGUUUUACACCAGUUGCUUUGGCAGUCAAGGGGCAGAAUAUCCCGCUCACUGUAACCAAUGAUGCCGAAAAAGAUAAACCAAGCUUGAUAUCGGACAGAGAACAAUACAACCAUCAAGACUUCCCAGUGACAUAUACUAAUGCCAAGUUUUUUAUCAUCAAGUCUUACAGUGAAGAUGAUGUGCACAAAAGCAUCAAAUAUAAUGUUUGGGCUAGCACACCAAAUGGCAACAAGAAGCUUGAUGCUGCAUACCAGGAGGCUCAUCAGAAGUCUGGAGGCUGUCCUGUAUUUCUCUUCUUCUCGGUAAACACAAGUGGACAGUUUGUUGGUGUUGCAGAGAUGGCAGGAUCGGUUGAUUUCAACAAGAAUGUGGAGUAUUGGCAGCAAGACAAGUGGAUUGGCUGUUUUCCUGUCAAAUGGCACAUUGUGAAGGAUAUUCCAAACAGCCUUUUGAAACAUAUCACUCUGGAAAACAAUGAGAACAAGCCAGUUACCAACAGCAGAGAUACGCAGGAGGUUAAAAUGGAUCAGGGCCAACAGCUGCUUAAGAUAUUUAAGGAUCAUGUUAGCAAGCAGUGUAUCCUUGAUGAUUUUGAGUUUUAUGAGGAUCGUCAGAAGAGAAUCCAGGAAAAGAAGGCCAAGCAGCAGCUAUUCCAGAAGCAGACGCAGGUGUGGGAAGGCAAAGUCUCUGAAGAUAAGAACAAAGAAAAUUCCAACAGCGAACUUAAAUCCCAGAAACCUUCAGAAGUUUCUGCUGUUUUGAGCAAGGAAAGUUUACCGCCUCUUCAUCCUAAUGGGCAGGUCAAGCUUGCAGAAAAUGUGUCUGUUACAAAAUUAGUAGAUGAUGUGAAGGAUGCGAAACCAGUCAUUUUGUCUGACAAGAAACCUGUUGUAGCUAAUGGGAUAGCAAAUGGGGUUGCUAAUACAUGCUAGCUUCUGCCUAAUUUAGGGUGGUCCAUGGUUAACAGGUCCUAAAUUGGAGCUUUGACUACAUGGGAACUUGGUUAGAUCUCAUAACCAUUGGCUGCCCUUUUUGUCCUAGCUGCAUUUGAAGUCAGUUCUUGCACGAAGAAAGAGAUUCCCAGAGAAGAGUUGGUUGGUGACAAAGGCUAUUUCAUCUGCUUCUAGGACUUCAGAAAGUAUGUUAGCUAGCCCCAUUCCCUCAUGGGCCCGUUUCUUUGCUUUGCUUUGCUUUGGCUUCUGACGGGCUUCGUACACCUUUGGGAUUUGGGUUUUAGGAUAAUUUACCUUUGGUUUUUGUUUCCUUUGACUUUGGGGUUUUGGUCCAUUUUUUCUAUUUAUCUGUUUCCUCAGUUGGGGGUUUUACAGUUGGGGUUCAUGUUAUUAUUAUUAGGGUUCAUGUUGUUAUUAUUAGUUUGGCUCCUAAUCCUAUCUUGUAAAUCUAGAUCAUCCUGUUGCGGCAGGUCAGCAGUGCUUUUUGUACUAGUCAAAAAGAGCUAGAAAAGCAAGGUGGGAAUGCAUUGCAAUAUAAUUGGUUGAAAAAGCUUGAUAGUAAUGUUUCAAUUAUUUUCUUUUCA